AUGGGUGACACGGAGAGCAAGACAACCCAAGAGGCGGUGGCGGCUGAUAACACCGAGGCCAAGAGGAUGCAGUACUGCGGGAAGAUGAUGCUUGCGCCAAUGGUGCGCAUGGGAACGCUUCCCACGCGCCUGCUGGCGUUGCGAUAUGGCGCGGACCUCGUCUACGGCGAGGAGAUUGUCGAUUACAAGAUUCUACGCUGCUCCCGCGUCGAAAACCCCGUGCUCGAUACUGUUGACUUUGUCAUGCCCAGUGGCCUUGUCGUGUUCCGCACGUGCAAAGAGGAAAAGGACCGCGUCAUCUUCCAAAUGGGGACAGCAGACCCCCAGCGCGCCGUCGAAGUCGCCAAGCUUGUUGAGAAUGACGUUGCCGGCAUUGACGUGAACAUGGGCUGCCCAAAGAACUUCUCCAUCAAGGGCGGGAUGGGCGCCGCCCUCCUACGCGAACCAGACCUCGCAUACGACAUCAUGGCUGCCCUCACAAAGGCCGUCAAAGUGCCUGUAACGUGCAAGAUCCGGCUGCUGCCCACGCGCGAGGCGACGAUGUCGUUUAUGAAGCGCAUGCAGUCCACGGGCAUUGCCGCCAUCGGGCUUCACGGCCGCCUCAGGGAACAGCGCCCGCGGGAGCCUGUGCAGCUUGAUGCAAUGACGGCUGCGAUUGGCGACAUGCACAUCCCCGUGAUUGCAAACGGCGGUUCUCUCGACUUCAAGAACUACAGCGAGGCGCACGCUUGGAUGGAGAAGACGGGGUGCGAUUCGCUGAUGAUCGCGCGGGCAGCGCAGAACAACCUCUCUGUCUUCAGGAAGGAGGGCACGCUGCCACAGGUUGACGUGGCCCGGGAGUACAUGCUGCUUGCGCUGCAAUACGACAACGCCGUCGGCAACACCAAGUACUGUCUGCAGAAGCUGCUCAGCAAGUGCCUCACCUCCGACCUGGGCAAGCAAGUGCACGGUGCGCACACCAUGCGGCAGCUGUGCGCUGCGUUUGGACUGACGAGCGAAUACGAGACGACAACACGGCAGCAGGAGGAAGCGGCGCAGCGGUUUGGAUUCACACUCACGCCAUCCGACGACCAGAUUGACGAGGCGAAGGGAACGCCGAUCGAGGCCUUGCUCAAGGAGGAGAUGGAUAAGGAUGGCAAGAGCGAUGGUGACGGUGACGGUGAAUGUGGUGAUGAGGGUGCACGCAAGCGUCCGAAGAUUGAUCCCCACGACGUUACCAUCAUUGACAACGCAAAGUACUUCCGCCGCCACUUCAAGCGGUGCAAGACGCCUCGCGAACACCUCAGCAACUACACCACACGCUACAACCUCCCUGCCGCGGAAUUUGAAACGCAUCAGACCAAAGACAGGCGUUUCGUCUGCACAUGCAGGGUUGGCGACAGCGUGUAUGCGCCACGUGAUCCGUCGUCGUCGAAGAAGGAGGCCCUCCAGUCUGCCGCGCUCGCCGCCCUCAUCGCCCGUGGAGUCGUGUCGUUCAGUUGCGAUUUUGAGGCGCGGGAGUCGACGCUGCGAGUGCUGGACAGCAAUCUUGAGCCAAAGACGACACAGCAGUCAGCCACGGCAUGA